AUUUCCCACCCAUUGCUAUGCCGACAAAAUUUCUAAUCACAACUCGAUGCCACAAUGCAUCUGACAAUGUUAACUGGUUAGGUCAAAUAGAAGUUUGGCAGUGACUCACCGAGGAAAGGCAAAGAAUGCCAGGCCUGAAGGCACCCUCCGAUUAUUCGCACGAGCCGCCGCGCCACCCAUCCCUCAAAAUUAAUUCCAAGGAUCCAUUCAAUGCUGAACCUCCUCGUGCAGCUUUAAUUUCAUCAUAUGUUACUUCUGUGGAUUUUUUCUACAAGAGAAAUCAUGGACCUAUUCCAAUUGUUGAUGAUCUCGAAAGAUAUCGUGUUUCUAUUGGAGGUUUGGUGGAAAAAUCUAUAGAGCUUUCUAUGGAUGAACUCAGGAAACUUCCAAAAUACAACAUCACUGCCACUUUACAAUGUGCAGGUAAUAGAAGAACUGCAAUGAGUAAAAUGCGGACAGUGAAAGGUGUUGGCUGGGAUAUUGCUGCUCUUGGAAAUGCAACUUGGGGAGGAGCAAAAUUAUCAGAUGUACUUGAGAUUGUUGGUAUACCCAAGUUAUCUUCCAACUCAUCAUUAGGUGGGAGACAUGUAGAAUUCAUAAGCGUUGACAAGUGUAAAGAAGAGAAAGGCGGCCCUUACAAGGCAUCAAUUCCAUUACGACAAGCAACAAAUCCUGAAGCUGAUGUUUUACUUGCAUAUGAAAUGAAUGGAGAGGUCCUCAAUCGUGACCAUGGAUUUCCAUUGCGUGUGAUUGUUCCUGGUGUCAUUGGUGCUCGCUCUGUUAAAUGGUUGGACAGAAUUGACAUAAUCAAAGACGAAUGCCAGGGUUUUUUCAUGCAAAAGGAUUACAAAAUGUUUCCACCUUCUGUUGAUUGGGACAACAUCGAUUGGUCUACCAGGAAAUCACAGAUGGAUUUCCCUGUUCAGUGUGCUAUUUGCUCAUUGGAGGAUGACAAUUUAAUCAAUCAAGGAAAGAUCACUGUUGCUGGAUAUGCGGUGUCCGGUGGUGGCCGCGGUAUUGAGCGAGUGGACAUAUCUGUUGAUGGCGGCAAGAAAUGGAUUGAAGCUGGGAGAUAUCAGAAGGAUAUGCCCUAUUUUGCUGAUGAUGAUCUCGGCAGUGAAAAGUGGGCUUGGGUUUUAUUCAAGGCCGUCGUCGAUGCUCCAGAGAAUGGCGAAAUCAUUGCGAAAGCGGUUGACACGGCUGCAAAUGUUCAACCAGAGAAUGUAGAUGUCAUAUGGAACCUGAGAGGAAUUCUGAACACCUCGUGGCAUCGCGUACGCGUGCAGAAAGCCUCAUACGUCGCAAAAUCCAAUCUCUGAGCCUCCCACCACAGUGAUAACAAUCCUGCUCUUAUCUCCUAUCAGACUUUAUGGUAUAUUAAACAUAUUUUGUUCAA